UGUUUGCUUAUUGAUUCACAUACCACCUCGAUUCUCAUUAAGCACGAUGCCUUCCGUUGAGAGUCAAGCUCUACGUGAGAUCUACGAGACCAGGGCCGCCCGGAUGGCGGCGAUUCCCAAAAUCGACCUGGCCACCCUGCGCAGUUUGUAUGAGGAAGAGCAGCUCUGUUCCGCAGAGCCCGCCGGGGUGACAUACGAGAAUAUCGACGCCGGUGGCAUUCCUAGCAUCUGGGUAUCGCCCGUUCCCGGCCCCUCCAUUGCCGGAGUGAUUCUAUACUUCCACGGCGGAGGCUUCAUGGUGGGAUCGCCCAGCGGCCGCCGCAAGGUUCUGGGCCAUGUGUGCCGUGCUGCCAACACCCAGGCGCUGAUCGUGAAGUACCGCCGCACGCCCGAGCAUGAAUUCCCAGCUGCCCAGGACGAUGGCCUGGCCGCAUACCGCUGGCUCCUGGAAGAGCGGAGGGUGCCAUCCUCGGCCAUUGUAUUCAUGGGCGACUCCGCGGGUGGUAAUCUGGCCUUGACGCUUGCCCUGCGCGUCCGUGGUGAAGGUCUGCCCCUGCCGGGCGCUGUUGUGGCCUUUUCGCCGUGGACCAAUUUGGAAAACAGCUUCCCCAGCAUGGACACCAACGACGCCCUCGACCACGUUGCCCACCGGCCGGUCCUUGACGAAAUGGCCGCCGCGUACGUGGGCUCCGCGACCUCGCUGCGCAACCCGCUGGUGAGUGCUGUCCAUGCGGAUCUGCGCGGAUUCCCGCCCCUGUAUGUCACCGUGGGUACGCAUGAGACGCUGCAGGAUGACUCGAUCGAGCUGGUGCGUCUGGCUCGCGCGGCUGGGGUUGCUGUGGAGUUCGAGUUGGCAGAGGGCCAGCAGCAUGUGCAUCUCCUGAUGGCGGGUCGCGCCCCAGAGGCCGAUAAAUCCAUUGCCAACGUGGGAGCCUGGUUGAAGAGACAGUUGAAGAGUAUGUAG